AUGACGGAAUUAGGAAGACAUGGUUAUAAUCAUAUGAUAGUAUGGCUUGAUGAAAACAUAGCUUCACCUGAUCACUAUCAUGACUUUAAAAAAGUAUUUGCUACAACAACAAAUCCUGAAUCAACACUACAAGAAUCACUUGUUGAUGUAGAUAUUAAUAAUCUUAUUCAUGAUGAUGUGACACGACGCGAUACAAGUUUUCUUAAUGUUCCAUUUCCAUUUAUAUUGUUCGAUAGUAUAGAUCCGUGCCUUGCUUUUCUUCAGAAAAAUGCUGGUGAGAAGCGUAUUUUCUUUAUGACUUCUGGUGACUUAGGACAACAUAUCGUACCGGCUAUUCUUAACAAUCAUCAAAGUAUUUUUCAAGAUAAAAAUGGUAAUUUGUAUGAAGAUUCUAUUUAUAUUUUUUGCGCUAAUAUGACCGCUCAUAUUGAAUGGGCACGACAGUUUUUGGACUUCUGUUGUAUCAAAAUAAUAACUGACGAUCGACAAAUGUUAGCUCGUCUUACUCGUGAUAUUGCUAAGUAUUUGUCAUCAAAAGGAGAAGAAGAAUUGUCCAACAACAAUUUAUCGGCUAUCACAUUGGCACUGCAAUAUUUUAGUUGGGCACAUAAUCUUUAUCAGCAAGCGGAUAAAGUUAGACCAGGAUAUCCAUCUAACGAUUCAAGAAAUCCAAUAAACAUUCUAAAGCCGUUGAUUGCCAAGGCGGAACAGAAACUUCGUGAACUACAGACCAAUAGCAAUGAUGACGAUGAUGGGGAGCAAAUGAGCGUUGAAAAUUAA